AUACAUGUUGUAUGAUUCUGUCUAUAACAUGUGCCUAUAUACUUCACUAAACUAUCGGUUUGGCUUCAGAUGGCGACCGCUAAUAAGCUAACAGAGAACCACCUCACCUGUGUCAUCUGUUCUGAGGUGUUCACAGACCCAGCCACACUUCAGUGUCAUCAUACAUUCUGUAAGUCUUGUCUGCUGAACUACACCAAGACACAGCCGGAAGCAGUACAAGCCAGGUCCAUCCCAUGUCCCUCCUGUAGACAACAGACGAGUGUGACCAACCCUGACAGUCCAGUAGAGGAGUGGGUCAGUCAGCUGAAACCAAGCCACGUCAUACAGGGGCUGAUAGACGACUUUGGACCCGGCACAAAGGGUGUGGAAGAACACUUGUGCAGCGUUUGUACAAAACAAGGAAAGACAACUCCAGCCAUUUCUGGGUGCUCUGUCUGCGAUGUUGUGUACUGUGAAGGAUGUCUCCAGAUGCACAACAUGAUGCAGGGGUUGUGUGACCAUGAAGCUGCUCACUUGUCUGAUCACACCAAAACAAAGGUCAAGCGUCGCUUCAUGUGUCCAGUCCACAGAGAUGAAAAGGUGAAGUUGUUCUGUAAAGACUGCAAGCAGGCAAUAUGCACGAUAUGCUGCAGUAUAAAACACAGGGCAUGUAAGGAUGUUGAUACAAUAGAGAGUAUGACUCCUCUUGUGAAGGAACAACUGAUAAGCAAAAUAGGGCAACUCAGAAUCAACAUGGCGGCUACGAAUAAUAACAUAACCUCUAGAAAAUCGACAAUUCAAGAUGUGAAGAGUAAUUCACAAACCCUCAAAGAUCAAGUCAUAAAGACACGGAAAACAGUGAUGCAUGCUAUUUUAAGAAAAGAGAAGCAACUACUUGGAGAGAUCGACAAGGUUACUGAUCAACAAUUACAUGAAUUACAAGCAGAUAUAAAAUCCCAGGAGAUCGAGCUACAGAUGUACCAGCAGCAGUAUGAGUUCACAGCCAAUGCUGUGACGUCCAACUGUGAGAUGGACAUGUAUGCCGUCUAUGAUUCGGUGGGGGAGACGUCUACAGACAACAGAGACACGGACAACAGACCAGCAGCAGGAAGGGUUGUAUUCACACACGACCUGGACAAGCUGAGUAAAGCAGUUGAUGAGCUACAGUUGGGGGAGGUUCAAGUCGUCCAUGAUGUGAGUGACCCUAAGUCUUCUCCUGUUCUACAUCACACCAUUGAUUGCAAGGAAGAUGGGGACGUGAAGAAUCCUUGCUUGUAUGACGUCACAGUGUUGAUUGUUGAUGGCAUGAAAGUGAUGGUAGUUGCAGAUAGCAGUAACAAGAGACUCAAAACAUAUUACACAUCAAACUUCAAAUCCUUUCAUAAUCAGCUUCUGCUUUCUAAUGGUCCUUGGCAAAUAGCAAAGUUAAGUGAGAGUCAGAUUGCUGUCAGUGUUCCAGUCAGUCAGGAAAUAGUUACAGUGAAAUUUACCCCAGAUCCUGUAUUACUGUCAACUAUCAAAACAAGCAAGGAGUACUACGCUCUGGCCUGUCUGAGUCCUUCACAGCUGGCGGUAGGUACAUAUAGACAGUUUCACUCUGUGGACAUACUGGACAUGACAGGGAGGAGACUGAGGUCUAUCAACACGGGGGUGAUAGAUAAUCCAGACUACAUCCGUGUCACCAGUAGCAACAACUUGCUAGUCAGUGAAGGAAUAUUAAAAUCCCUUGUAUGUGUGACCAGUGAAGGAGACGCUGUUUUCACAUACAAACCCCGAGGAAACAGAGCUUUGACAUGGCUUUUGGGUAUCACAACCAGCACAGGAGUCAGAGCUCUGUCAUAUCCUUGGGGCAUCACAUCAACCAGCACAGGAGACAUCCUGCUUGUAGACCAAUACUCCCACGGGGUGAUUCAGCUGACAAAGUCGGGACAGUUUGUCAGAGAUGUCCUCACACAAGAAGACGGUCUGAAAGAUCCUCGUGGUGCCUGUCUUGAUACUGACGGCCUGCUGUAUGUUACGUCUGGGAGAUAUGUAAAAGUAUUCAAAUUCUGCCGGCGCUGAAUGUGGAAAUAGAGAUCUUUAUACACAGUUGAAUCUUUCAAAAGUUGACUGCUGCUUUAGGUCCAGAUCGGAUCCAGUUCUUCCCUUACACACGUAGUCCAUCAUGUCAUUGAUUAAAUAUAGGGGACCUAGCACCAGUAGAAGUCUGACCUGAAAGAAGUACUUCUCAAGUACAUUUGUGAAAGGAACGCACAAUGACAGCACUGAAUGAGGACAACACUACACGAGAGAUCACGUGACCUAGACAGAUGAUAUUGGACAGUAUUGUUGUUAUAUGUUGUUCAUGGAACAGUAAUGUUGUGUUGUGUAGUGUACUAUAUAUCUGACGUGUGUCGUCAUAGAGAAACCUGUUCACAUAAUUGCGCAUGCUAUCAGUCUUUAGAUUAUCAGUUCGACAACCCAUCUCCUAAUGUUUUAAAGG